AGAAGUGCACUAUAUAACCUCCCUAGAUGUAUGUCCUCAUCACCCCCAUCAGUCUAGACAGGGAGGCUCAGUGUGUGUCCAAACCAACAAAACUGCCUUUUAUUUUUCCUUUCCUUCUCUUGCGUCAUCUGACUUUAACCUGCUUUCUUUAGGUAAAAAAAACACAUUUCUGUGCAGCAAAUAACUCAAAUAGAAUCCACAGUCUCAUCAAGGACACCCGGUAUUCCUACUUUGGCAGCGUGUUUCCCAGUUAGUGAGAAGGGAAGGUGGGAGGAUAACUCCCUUCCUCGGGGGCUUGAUCCAUUCAAAACAAGCGACUGAGAGAGGUCUGACCACACAGGCACACGCACAGACAGUGAAGUAUGUUGUUUUUGGACGUCUUCUGCUGCGGAUCGUUGAUGCUCUGCUGCACCAGGAUCUGUGUGGCCCUGCAGGACUCACAGCUGAUCCCGGCCCACGACCCCUCAGUGACAGAGCACACCUUCCCACCAACAGAGACCUCAUCAGCCUCCACAGUCUCUCGUCACGGCCCUCAACAUGCUCCGUGCUUUGUGGAGGACAUAUUCGCAGCGUUGCGUGAAGCUGUUGGGAGCGACGGCGAGCUCACAAACCGCAGUUUGACUCAGUUUGGAAUCUGCACCGUGCCUGGCAGCUCAUCAGCCUCAGUCUUAUCACAGCUCGCUAAGGAAACAAGCAGAAACCAGAGGAGUGGACUGGAGGUUCUGCAUCCAACUGGAGUGCUCCUGACAGAGGAAGAUGAUGGAGGAACGCUUAUGUUGACCUUUGACCUCCCACAGUCGCCUUUGCUCAAGCUGAAGCCUGUGCUGCUCUUGGCGUUUGAAAGCCCCCUCACGGGAGGAGACAUGGACGUCACUUUCACUAGUCAGUCGCUGCAUCCCAACACACAGACUGUGUGCAUCUCAGGAGAAACGCACUACAUAAUGCUGACAGGAAAAGCAUCAGAGGGCGACGUUCACCAGAAAUGGAGGAUUUCUGUUGAGACAACAAACCCUGAUAUGAACCAAAACCUAAAAGACAUCCUUGUUGGCGGAAAAUCAGGAAGUAACACCAGCAUGAUUCCACUUCUGCUUUUCUCUGGAGGAACAGGAACUGAAAUAAGACAUACACACACUUCAGGUCCACCCCCGGCCUCUUCACAGACCUCCUUCCUCUGUGAGCUGAAGCGGUUCCUGGGUGACGUCCUACCUCAGGACCGCCCCGAGUCCCCUCGGCUCCAGCUGGACUCCUUACAGUCCCUUCCUCCCCUCACACUCGGCUUAUCCUCCAGCGACACCCUGCUGGCAGGACUCAUGAACUCCUCUUCCCCCACCAUCUUCUCCUUCUCUAGCCGGGGCUCCAUGUUUCAGGUGCAUCGUGGAGAACUGGCUUUGUCUCCUACACUGCUGGAGGAGCUCAAGCAGAGGAUGGAGCAGACUGGGAUGCAGGUAAUGGAGGUAAUACGGGAGAAGGAGGUGGGUCACAGAGCCACAGAGAGGCUGGGAAGGCUCAAAGAACUCUGCGUUUCCGAAGACAGGACCGGCAGCAGAACAGGAGAGAGCCAGUACCGUGUGUUUCUUCUGCUGAAGGCCCUGCAGACGGUGGCCCGCGUGUACGAGGUGCAGAGAGGACUGCGGGCCACUAGAUCUGGCCCCAUCACCUCGUUGAGGGGCAACAUAUGUGGGCUGAAGAGCCUCACCGUGUCCCUAGAAAAACGCCUCGGGCUCCCAAACACUGUCAACAUCAACAACUGCCACGGCUCUUGUGCUUUCCCCAUGACCAACGCCAACAACCACGCCGUCCUGCUCAACUUCCACAUUGAGAGCGAGAGCGUGGACGAGCGGGCGCCAUGUUGCGUGCCCGUGGCCUACGAAGCCCUGGAGGUGGUGGACUUGAACGAACACGGGACUUACCUCUCUAUUAAACCAGACGUGGUGGCGAGGGAGUGCGGAUGCCGCUAAAGCUGUUUUCUUCCUGGCGUGUAGUUGUGACACAAAAGAUGUUUUACAUAUUUAACUGACCAUAGCGUGUUUGACACUUUUAAGUGUCACGUACUUGUUACUUGUCAUUUAUUUAUUCAAACAGUAGUUAAUGCACUGGUAGAAAAGACUUUCACAUAUAUAGACAAUGUAGUAUUUGCAGUAUUCUCACACAAGUUUAUAUAAGCCAAGCAAGUCAAAUAUGAGUAUCAUCAUCUUGCUCUGUAAAUAUUUUAUUUUUCAUUACCUAAGAAGUUAAUUGAAUAAAAAGCCAUUGUUUAAUCAGGACAAACCUCUUUUCAUCCAUAAGACCACUUUUUGUGCUUUAAUUAAAAUUCCAGUCAUCAUUGAAAUAUUGUUACAAUGUGGUGGUAAAUGACAUUUCAAUUAGUGAUACUAAAAGGUCCUGUUCUCUACAAUACAACGACAAAAGUGGAUUAAUAAAAUGUAACAUUAUUUUAUUAAAUGCAAAGCAUAUUGAA